AUGGCCUCUGAUGCGGCUUCUCGCCGUGAUGAAGACGAGGUUUGCCCUGUCUGCAAAUCGUCACGAUACCUUAACCCGGACAUGCGCUUUCUCAUCAACCCCGAAUGCUACCACAAGAUGUCUGGCUGUCGCAAGACGCUGCGUAAAAAUCGGUUCCGCAAGCAGACAUUCGAAGAUAUCGGGGUGGAAAGAGAAGUAGAUAUCCGGCGGCGUGUGAUGCACAUCUUGAAUCGUCGCGAAGAAGAGUUUGACUCAAAACGCGCAUACGACGACUUCCUCGAACAAAGAGAAGACAUAAUCGCGAACCUAGUAAGCCGGAUCGACGUGGCGAAAACCGAAGCCCAACUCCAAAAAUACGCAGCAGAAAACAUGCAAUCAAUCCGCACGAACCAAGCUAUAGAAGCCGAGGAAGCCUCCUCCUUCCAAGCGCGCAUGACCCUCGAACAAGAAGAAGCCCGACUACGCCGCCAAGCAGUACGCCAGGAAUACGAGAUCGAGCGACGCGAGAUCCAAGCCGGACGCGAAGAUUUCCUCUCACGACUCGCCUCCGGCUCAUCGACAGAUGCCGCGGCCAUCGCGCGCGAAGGACACAAGGUGUUGCUCAAGAAGUCGUCCGCGCGCCGCAGCGAGGAAGAACGCAUUCGACAGAAACAGGCCGCGCUACGGUUGGAGACAAAGCGCGGGACGAAUCUUUCUAUGGUGGAUCAUGCAGGUGCGGCGGAUACGGGGCUUGUCAAAGGUCUGCGCAAGAUCAAGACGCCAGAGCCGGAGAAACCGUACGAUCCGUUUAUGGGCUAUGUGCCCGACAAACGCGAUUACUAUUCUCUCCAGUCGUAUUAUCCGUCGCAGUAUCUUGAUCCUAUUCGCAAUGAUGCGCGGAUGCUGGCUGGUGGUUAUGAUUUGCGUGAAUACUACUCGCGUACCCUGCUUGAGGCUUUUGCUGGGUUGAGCUGCUUUGUUGGGGAGGAAAUCUCACAGAGAGAUGCUGCUAAUAUUUCGAAGUCGACGGCUACAGAGGGUGCUGCUAUGGCUGUGGAGGGUGCGGAAAACACUGCCUAG